AUGGGAAACUGCUGCAAAGGCGGGUCCUCGUCCAUGGUUUGUGCCGGCGAUGACUGGUCCGACUCGUUAUCACUGGAGGAUGGCCCAGUAGGCAUCGAGAAGGCAGCCCCCAGUCAGGAAUCCCGAGCUUCGUUCAGUAAGAAGAGAGAUUUUUCUCCUUCCUCUUCUUCAUCGAGUUCAAGCACCAUAACGGUGAAGAUCAAGAUGACAAAGAAGGAGCUAGAGAAGCUGCUGAAAGAAGUUGACACGAGCAGAGCGUCACUGGAGCAAGUUAUGGCUCGGCUUAUUGGUGGCAGUGAUGAUUAUUCGUUCAUGAAUAACAGCCAUCAUCAACCAUGGAGGCCGUCUUUACAGAGUAUACCGGAGGUCAACUAG